AUUAUCUAGUUUAAUUUCAUAGGUAUCCCCGAGAAUUCACCAGGAUUAAUUGGCUGCUUUAGCUGUCUUAUGAACAAAUGAUAGCUUAGCCUGAAAACUGCAGAUCUUGAGAUACAAUCUAACUCAAUUUCGGAUCCUCAGAAACUGCAUAUCUAGUUUCAGAUUCCCUAUCAUAUAUGUAACCUUGAUAGUAACGAUCAGUUGGAUCAUAUGAUCAUGUUUUAGACCAUAACAUACAUAUAUGAAGCAAAUAUUUUUAGCAAAAAAAAAAAAAAAAUUAGAAAUAUCAAAAUAUGAAUUUCAGACACAUUUAAUGCAAAGUUAUAUAAAUAACCCCGUAUAAAUAGAAUAUUUACAUUUAUACCCCGGUUACUUGUCCGAGUGUUGACCGUUGACCAAUAAAUAUUCUGUUAAUUUCCUUAAUCAUCGUCUCCUCUCUCUCUCUUUCCUCUUCCUCUCUGUGCACGAUUCGAAACCCUAGCAAUUCCAAUUUCGUCUCCUGAGAUCGAAUCCUCACCUCUUUAUGGCGUAACUCCACACCAAUUUCAUCAAUUUAGCCUUUUUUUCCUGGAAACAAUGUCAACGGAGACUACAACGAAUUCGUCAUCCUUCGAUCCGGCACCGUUGCUUUCGAGCGGCGAUGAAAACGAGGGACGCAGCAACAACGGCGGGGAACGGAGAUCCGCGAGGAGACAGGGGCUGAGGGAGGCGGCUAUGUUUCUAAGCCGCGCGAGCAGCGGAGGACGAGCGAUGCGGGAGCCGUCUAUGCUCGUGAGGGAGGCUGCGGCGGAGCAGCUCGAGGAGAGACAGAGCGAUUGGGCUUACUCGAAGCCCGUCGUGGUGCUCGACAUCGUGUGGAACUUGGCGUUUGUCUCGGUGGCUGCUGGUGUUCUUGUGAUGAGUAGGGAUGAGAAUCCGAUAAUGCCGCUUAGAGUUUGGCUCUUGGGGUAUGCGUUGCAGUGUGUGGUGCAUAUGGUUUGUGUGGGGAUUGAGUAUAGGAGGAGGAAUAGGGUGAGAAGUAAUAGGACUCCUCGGUCACGUUCUUCUUCGUCGUCUUCGUCCUCUAUGGAGGAAGAUGGUUUGGGUUCGAGGAGGAGUUCACAUGAGCAGCUGGAGAGCGAAAGCAGCAGCAGUGUGGCAAAACAUCUGGAAUCUGCCAACACCAUGUUUUCGUUUAUUUGGUGGAUCAUUGGGUUCUACUGGGUAUCUGUUGGUGGCCAAGAGUUAGCACAAGAAUCCCCACGGAUUUACUGGUUGUCUAUUGUCUUCCUUGGUUUCGAUGUGUUCUUCGUUGUCUUCUGUGUUGCGUUGGCCUGCGUUAUUGGCAUUGCUGUUUGCUGCUGCCUGCCAUGCAUCAUUGCAGUUUUAUACGCUGUUGCAGAUCAGGAAGGGGCUUCGAAAGAAGACAUUGAACAGCUCACCAAAUUCAAGUUUCGGAAAGUCGGUGAUGUUAACAAACACGCGGGUGAUGAGGCUCAAGGAAACACCGAUGGAAUAAUGAUCGAGUGUGGUACAGAUUCACCCGUUGAACAUACACUUCUCCAGGAGGAUGCAGAAUGUUGCAUCUGUCUAUCUGCUUAUGAAGACGGAACAGAGCUAAGGGAACUUCCUUGUGGCCACCAUUUCCACUGCUCAUGCGUAGACAAAUGGUUAUACAUAAAUGCGACUUGCCCACUCUGCAAAUACAACAUCCUCAAGAGUAGCAACUUGGACCGUGAGGAAGUUUAGAUGAAACAGCUUUUAUUAUUCGUGACCCCACACAACAUUUGAUCAAAGGAACUUGGGGGGGUCCAAAGGUAAAACACGACUAAUGUUAUUAGAUAUGAUGCAUUGUUUGUGAAUGAUAUGAUAUGAUAUAUACAAAUUUAUUGUACUUUUGUCUGUCUUUUAUAAUUUGGUUUGGAAAGGAAUCAGGUUCUGUAAAUCUUAUGUCUAUCAUCUCUCACUUGUAACCUGUCUUUUGGUAUUA